AUGCCUCAUGAGCCUUCACGCAGCAGCGGAAAAUGUCAACUCUGUCUCGAGCAACGGCGUCGCGAACGGAUAUACAGCUGGAAACUCAUCGGCGGCCUCUGUUUGCCAUUCACCCUGGCGACAUUGGACCUCACAAUUGUCGCAACCGCCAUACCAUCCAUAGCAUCGCACUUUACCCGACCCUGUAUUAACAAUCCAGACAAAUUCGACGAACUCAACUGGAUCGUCACAGCCUUCACGCUGACCUCGACAACCUUCAUCCCUAUGUUCGGCCAACUAGCCGACGUGUUUGGACGCCACGCAGUGCUGCAACUCGCCUUGUUCCUGAUGCUGGUAGGUAGUGUGUUGUGCGCGGCGGCCCAGACAUGGGGCAUGUUGCUUCUGGGCCGGGCACUGCAGGGCACCAGCUCCGCGGGGCUGAUGAAUAUCAUCAUGAUAAUUCUGGCGGAUAAGGUGCCGCUGAGGGUGGCGGCGAGGAAUAACUCGCUGUUUACGCUUGUGGGAGGCGUGGGGUAUGCGAUUGGGCCGGUAAUAGGGGGGUAUUUGACAGAUGAUAAUUGGCGGUAUUGCUUUGUGAUACCGAUCCCUAUAGCGUUCGUCUCGCAUAUCAUGAUCUACGUCCUCCUGAGAAAGGAGCUUGUCGAGGGGACCAUCUUCCGCAGAGGAUCAGGGAUGACGUCUAUCUUGCCGGCACUGGCGACAGUGGAUAUCUUCGGGUCCAUCCUUUUCAUAUUCGGCAUUGGCCUUAUCAUUCUUGCGACGGCAUGGGGAGGAGCAACAUAUGCCUGGUCCGCUCCCCAGGUCCUGGGACCGUUGAUCGUGGGAGGGAUCUGUUUUGUCCUGUUCUUCAUCUACGAAUAUCUGCUGGAGCCAGGCAGACUGAUCUCUCGAUUGUUCCCGAAGCAGGUCCCCAUGCUACCUUACAGCCUGUUUACCAGAAAGGACACCAUCUGGCUUGCAAUCACGCAGGUAUCCAUAGGCGCAUCUAUGUACUCCAUCUUCUACUUCAUCGGCAUCUACUUCACCCUCGUCGAAGCAUACCCAGCCUCUAAAGCCGGUGUCGAGCUCCUCUACUACAUCCCAGGAUUAGGAGCCGGCGUCUACCUCGCCGUCCUCCUCUGCAACGUCCUCCCAGCACAAACCUUCCACCCCCUCAACGCCGGCACCGCCCUCACCACGCUCGGCCUCGCCCUCGUCACCUACGCCAUCCACACACAGAACACCCCCCUCCUGAACGGCACAAUGGUGCUCACCGGUGCAGGGACCGGUCUGCGCUUCAUGCCCGCCAAUCUCCACGCCGCGGGCCUGUGGCCUGAGAGACUCGCGCCCGCAAUGUCUCUGAUGCGCUUCGCCAUGCCGUUCGGGGGGACGCUCAGCCUCACGAUCAUGGGGAGCGUGUUUAACAAUAAGUUCCGGGCGGUGGGGGAUUUCACCAAUGGAACUGGGACUGGGACUGGGGGUGGGGACUUGAACCUGCACGAUACGUCCUCGCUAUCGUUUAUUAACGAGCUUUCAGCUGCGCAGCAGACUGCUGUUCGUGUGAUGGGUCGGGACGCAAUCAUGUGGGCUUAUAUUUCCAUCAUGCCGAUUAUGGGGGUUAGUCUGGUGGCGGGGUUAGGGUUGGGGAAUGUUUGGAUUAAGUCGGUCUCUAGAGGGAGGGGGAGGGAUGAAGAGCAGGGAGCAGGGAAGGAGGACAUGGGGCACAGUGAGGUGAUUUAUGUGCCGUUUUUGUGGGCUUUAUGGAAGGGGAAUGUUGAUUCGUAUAAGCAUGUUAGCAGACCGGUUUCGGAGACCGAGAGGCAGGUGGAUAGUAGAUAA